UUCAACCCUAUUUCUUAAUUCUCUUAUAUUCCGGCAAGUUUUGUUUGGUACAAUUGUGUUUCUGAUUUGUUGUUUUAAAUAUCAACUAUGGAACAACGAAAGAGAGGUUGUAAGAUCAGGAAGAGAGGUGGUUCGUCCUCUUCUUCUUCUUCUCUUGCUCGUCGAAACCGUUUCAAACGCGCAAUUUUCGCCGGGAAAAGAGCUGCUCAAGAUGAUGGUGGUGGUGGUGGUGGCUCAGGAACUCCGGUUAAGUCCAUCACAGCCGCUAAAACUCCUGUGCUGUUAUCGUUUUCGCCGGAAAAUCUUCCUAUAGAUCAUCAUCAAUUACAGAAAAGCUCCGUGUCGGCGAGAAAGCUAGCUGCAACGCUGUGGGAAAUCAACGACGACGCAGACCCUCCUGUAAAUUCCAAUAAAGAUUGCUUGAGAAGCAAGAAACCGUCCAGACACAAAGCGAAGAAAUCAACAGAGUUCUCUUCCAUUGAUUUCCCGCCAAAAUCAUCCGAUCCAAUUUCUCGUCUAACCUCAGAGAGAAUCAAUCUCCGUGAAGAUUUAGUUCGUAGAAGAUCAACAAAUCCUCAGAAACUACACCUAAUCGAACACAAAACCAUUGUCACAAACUCGGUGAAAACUCGUUUCAAGAAUGUCAGUGACGGAUUAACAACGUCUAAAGAACUUGUAAAGGUUUUAAAAAGGAUUGGUGAGCUCGGAGAUGAUCACAAGACAGCAAGCAAUCGUUUGAUCUCUGCUCUGUUAUGCGAACUAAACAGAGCAAAAUCUUCUUUAAAGCAUCUGAUGAGUGAAUUCGAUGCGGAAGAGGAGGAGAAGCGGAGGUCGAUAGAGAGGGUACAAGAAGAGGCGGUGGUUGAGAGAAAACUCCGGCAAAGAACGGAGAAGAUGAACAGAAGAUUAGGGAGAGAGCUCGCGGAGGCUAAAGAAACAGAGAGGAAGAUGAAAGAGGAGAUGGAGAGAGAGAAGAGAGCUAAAGAUGUUAUUGAAGAGGUUUGUGAUGAGCUCGCGAAAGGAAUCGCAGAUGAUAAGAAGGAGAUGGAGAAAGAGAGAGAGAUGAUGCAUAUAGCUGAUGUUUUGAGGGAAGAGAGAGUUCAAAUGAAGCUUACGGAGGCGAAAUUUGAGUUCGAGGAUAAAUACGCCGCCGUGGAGCGGCUUAAGGAGGAGCUCCGGAGGGUUUUGGAUGGGGAAGAAGGAAAAGGGUCGUCGGAGAUUCGUCGGAUUUUGGAGUUAAUUGAUGGUUCUGGUUCUGGUUCUGAUGAUGAGGAAGAGAGUGAUCUUAAGUCGAUUGAGUUGAAUAUGGAGAGUGGUAGUAAAUGGGGUUAUGUUGAUAGCCGGAGAGAGCAGCGGAGGGAAUCAAGAUUUGGUGGCUCCGGCGAUGAGGACAAAGAUGAUGAUGAUGAUGAUGAUCCUGUGGAGAAGAGAUCAGUGAUUGUUGAGAAUGGGGAGAGAGAUGAGUCUUUGAAGACUCUGAGAGAUUACAUUGUUUCAAAUGUUAGAUGUGUCGGUCCUUCAUCGUCGGAGCAGUGGAAUCAUCGGAGUUUACCAAGCUCUGAGUUUGUGUAAUCACCACCGCUAGCGCCGGCGAGAAAAAAAAAGAAUCAAUUUUUUU